AUGGAUUUCCAGAUUGUUUGGGACUCCGCACCCCUAACCCCAGUUAUACGGAAGGGAGACCUGUACAGCACAGUGUGCCUCUUUUCACCUAUGGAAUGUUGCUAUGGGGUAGACUACUCACGUAGUUGCGCCUUCUCCAUCAUUACCACCAACAUUCUUUCCUGCCUUGUUUUGGCUUGCUCUACCCCACUCCUCCAGGUCAGCUACGAAGCCAGCAGUCCCAUGCUGAGCCUGAAACGUGCCCACCCCUCGUUCUUGCGCACCAUCCCCAGCGACCGCCUGCAAGCAGAAGCCUUAAUGAACCUGCUGAAAUUUUUCCAAUGGACGUGGGUGGUAGCGGUGGGCAGCGACAACACCUAUGGCCGCCAGGGCCUGCAGACACUGCGUGAGCUGGCCAUCAAGGAAGGCAUCUGCUUUGCCUACCACGGAAUCAUCUCCAUGGAGACCAGCAACCCAGACCUGAGGGUAAAUGUGAAAGAGUUACGGGUUUUCAACGCCAAAGUUGCCAUCGUCUUCGCCAACAAGCGCAGCGCUAGAGUUUUCUUCCAGGAGGUUGUAUGGCAGAACGUGACCGGGAAGGUGUGGUUGGGCACUGAGGAUUGGUCAUUGUCCCAAGAACUCUGGGAAAUCCAGGGCAUUCGUGGCAUCGGCACGGUGAUCGGGGUGACGAUCAUGCAUGCGCCGCUCCCGAGACUGUGGGAGUUUGAGGCUGCUUCCAGGCGUUCGGAGAGUCACGGAAUCGAGGCCAAGUGUUCUCAGAGUUGCAGUGAGACCUGCAGCCAGCUCUGUUCCCAGUUACAUGCACGAAAUCUACAGUAUUUACUGAACCCAUCACCGUAUGACACUCAGGGUUGUUUUAAUGUGUAUUCUGCCGUCUACGCCGUAGCGCACAGCCUUCACCACUUGCUGGAUUGCCAAACAGGGGUGUGCCGCAAGGAUACCGUCUAUCCCUGGCAGCUCCUAAAAGAAAUCAAAAAAGCAAACUUCAGCGUGAAAGGCAGACAGAUCUAUUUUGACAGCAACGGAGACCCUCUGACAGGCUACGACCUUGUCUUGUGGAAGUGGGCAGGCCAGAAUUGGUCCUAUGAUGCGAUUGGCUCAUUCAGCACUAAUCCACCUGACCUGACCAUCCAUAAAGGCAAACUGCAGUGGCACACCAGUGAUAACCAGGUUCCUGUCUCAAUCUGUUCCAAGGACUGUGGAGUGGGGGAGCACAAAGUACAGCAGGGGAUCCAUCAGUGCUGUUUUGACUGUGUGGCUUGUUCACCAGGAACCUUCCUGAACAGGAGCGAUCGCUAUACUUGUCAGAGGUGCCAGAAAGAUCAGUGGGCGCCAGCCAGAAGCGAGACCUGCUUCCCCCGAGCCACCGUGUUCCUGGACUGGGGCGACCGCAUCGCUCAAGUUCUGCUGACCGCCACAACCCUGUUGCUCUUGCUGUUGGCCGGGACCCUGGCUGUCUUUGUUCGGAAAGUGCACACGCCUGUAGUGAGGUCAGCCGGCGGCUGGUUGUGUUUCGUCAUGUUGAGCGCUCUGGCCUGUGCCAACGUCAGCAUGUAUUGUAACUUUGGGCCCCCCAGCAGGUACACCUGCAUGCUGCGGCUACCGAUGUACACAGUCAGCUUUAAUGUCUGCUUGGCCUGCAUGGCAGCCCGCUCCUUCCAGAUCCUCUUGAUCUUCAAGAUGGCCUCCAAGGCUCCAGGCCUGUACGAGGCCUGGAAGAAUCAUCACGGGUGUGGCAUUUUCAUUGGAGUUUGCACGGGUCUACAGGUGAUAAUGUCCCUUAUCUUCUUAUGCAUCAACCCAUCGUUUCCCAACAAGAAUUAUGAUGUGGCUGACCAAAUGAUCCUUCUGGAGUGCAAAAACCACAGCAAUGUGACUGCUGUUAUAGGGAUGGUGUACAAUGCAUUGUUGGCUAUCUUCUGCUUUGUCAUCAGCUACAUGGGCAAAGAUCUGCCCAACAGCUACAACGAAGCCAAGUGUACGACUUUCAGCCUGGUCAUCUAUUUUGUCUCCUUAAUCUCCUACGCCACCAUCUUUAGCAUCUACCGUGGCAAGUACGUACCAGCCAUCUAUGUUGCCUUCCUUCUCCUCACCUUGUAUGGGGUCUUCGGAGGCUACUUCAUCCCCAAAAUGUACAUCAUCCUCUUCCGAUCGGAGCUCAACACCCACGAACACUUCCAGAUAUCUAUCCAGAGCUACACCAAGAAGAAAAAUGUGUCAGAUUGA